CAUGGUUUCCUGACAUCAACUUUGGGUUGGGGUCCUGUAGUUUUGAAGCGCAAGUAUCACGGCAAGGGCCAUCCUGCUUGUCAGGGGUUUCAACACCGAAGGCGACUAUGAGCCGUCAAGCAAGCGUAGCCGCCAUACUUGAGGCCGCUCGCAACAUCUCCCGGCUCCUCAGAAUGGAGCUUGAGCGACCAUUUCAAGAAGCAAGCCAGGUCGGUCUGUUCGAGUCUGGUCCCAAGGCCCUCGAGAUUCACAAUGGGGCUCUACCUUCAGAUCACAUGCUAAGCCUGCAGCACUGGCCUUACAUCGGUUGCUGCGCAAUGGUCGCAUCCUACGCAGGGCUCAUCGCAUUCGUCGCAAACGACUGUCCAGGUCGUCAACACCCGGAGCCAAAGCAACAAUUAAGACGUUUGAGAAUAGCAGAAAUUGCAAGCCAUAUCGAUCUAGCCGAGGGCUCGCUAGGCGGAUUAGCGGAAGCAUGGCCGCUGGUACACUCUUUUCGGCAGGAGAUUUCGCAUUGUAAAGAGGCGCUGCAAGCUCUGAGCAACAGUUGAUCUUGUCUCUUAGCUGCUUGCUUUCAGCCAUCAGGGUCUGAAGCUCCUUCCAAGGGGUCACUCGCUUUUUGAUGCCACGAACGGCUUGCGGAACAUGUUCCUCUGCGGCGGGUGAUGUGAGUCCUCUGCCACAGAGGCAACAGAGACUCACACGUUACGAGAGCCAGUGCAGCGAGUUCGAACUCGAAUGCAUCUUCAAGACGAAGCUUCCGCUACCGCAGCACGCAAGCUCGAGAAGCACGUUG